UCCCUGACGUGGGACGCCGAGACUCCGGAUUUCACGCCCUGCUUCCAGGAGACGGUGCUGGUGUGGGCGCCAUGCCUUUUUCUCUGGCUCACGUGUCCCUUCGACGUUGUGGCCUUCAAGCGCAGCCGAAACCCGCCGCUGCCAUGGACGUUCCUCAACAUCGCCAAAGUGCUCCUUUCGGUGGUGUUGAUAGUGACAUCUGCAGUGGAGAUUGCUCAAGCCCUGACCCGUUACGCCGACGGACACAUUGUGUUUCCGGUCGAGUAUUACGCACCUGUCGCACGCAUGGUGACCUUCCUUCUGGCCGUUGUUCUGAUGACAACUGCUCGCAGGCGAGGAGUCUGCACGUCCGGCCCACUCUUCAUAUUUUGGUUGCUUAUGUCCCUGGCGUCCAUCGUGCGAUACCGGUCUGUCAUCUUGCAAGUGUUCAGUGAGGAUGUGGGAAGCACGUCCGACGAGCAGAUGGAGUUUCGCUUCGUUACCAUCGUGGUGUACUGUCCUGUGAUCGUGGGACAGUUUCUGCUAAGCUGCUUUGCAGACACUGCACAGCCGGUUGGCGGCGGCAAGAAGGCCAUUAAGCAAUGUCCCGAAAGUCGUGCGUCAUUUUUGUCGAAGCUUCUUUUCUGGUGGUUUAACAGCAUGGCAAUAAUGGGAUUCAAGAGGCCCCUGCAGAUGCACAACAUGUGGUUCCUGGAUCAAUCUAACCAGACAGCCAAGAUCGCCGAGGAUUUCUCUCAUCACUUUGAAAAGGAAAAGCAGAAAAGGGGCAUGCUUAUAGCGUUCGUCAGUUCCGAUGACCCCCUCUGGCGCGGCCUGCUGUUCGCCUUCACCAUGUUCUUCUCGGCCAUGUUGGAGUCUAUUCUGAAUGGCCAGUACGACUACCGCAUCUACGUCAUCUCUAUGCGCAUGCGCUCAGCCAUGAUCAAUGCCAUCUACAAGAAGGCUUUGGCCCUCUCGAGCGUCGCCAGAGGGCAGUACACUACGGGAGAGAUUGUGAACCUCAUGUCUGUGGACACUCAGCGCGUAAUGGACUACAUCCAGGUGUACAACCUCAUCUGGAUAACACCCCUGCAGAUCGGCCUCGCCAUCUGGCUCCUAUGGGGGCAACUUGGCAUUGCCACCCUGGGUGGUCUUGGCGUCAUGAUCAUUCUGCUACCCAUAAACGGCGUAGUGACUGCUUACAUCAGAAAGUAUCAGGUUCAACUGAUGAAGCACAAGGACCGGCGCCUGAAACUGAUGAACGAGAUCCUUGGCGGGAUCAAGGUGCUCAAGCUGUACGCCUGGGAGAAGUCCUUCCAGCAGCGCGUGCAAGACAUCCGAGACGACGAGAUGAAAUCUUUGAAGGUGCAGGCGUACCUCAGCGCCGCAGUUAUCUUUGCCUUCACCUGCGCACCAUUCUUGGUGGCCCUGGCCAGCUUCGCAGUCUUCAUCGCCAUCGACACAAACAACAUUCUGGACGCCAACAAGGCAUUCGUGUCCCUCUCGCUGUUCAACAUUCUCCGCGUGCCCAUGGCCUUUCUGCCGAUGCUCAUCACCUUCACUGCCAUGUUCUUCGUGUCUUUGGGCCGUAUAAACAAGUACCUUCGCUCGGACGAGCUGGAUCCCAACGCUGUCCAGCACAAUACAAGCGAAGGUAAUCCAUUAGUGAUCAAGGACGCCAGCUUUGCCUGGGAGAAACACGCUCAGCCCACGCUGGACGACCUCAACAUCAGCGUCCCCACGGGCGCCCUGGCGGCCGUCGUCGGUUCGGUAGGUUCCGGCAAGUCGUCCAUGCUGUCAGCUUUCCUCGGCGACAUGGUGAAACUCAAGGGCACGGUGAACAUCAACGGUUCCGUGGCCUACUGCCCUCAGCAGGCGUGGAUACAGAACGCCAGCGUUAAGAGCAACAUAACGUUUGGACAGCCAUUCGACCGCGACCGAUAUGAGCAGGUGAUCGAAGCAUGUGCCCUUAAGCAGGACUUGGACAUUCUUCCGGGAGGUGAUGACACCGAAGUUGGUGAAAAGGGCAUCAAUCUUAGCGGUGGUCAGAAGCAACGCAUCAGCCUCGCUCGCGCUGUGUACAGCGGCUCGAGCAUCUACUUCUUCGACGAUCCCCUCAGCGCUGUCGACUCGCACGUCGGCAAGCACAUCUUCGACAAGGUCAUCGGUCCCAAGGGUCUCCUCAGGAAGAAGACCCGUCUCCUUGUGACUCACCGGCUGUCGGUGCUGCCGCAAGUGGAUAUGGUCAUCGUGCUCAGCGACGGCAAGAUCAGCGACGUGGGCACGUAUGAUGAGCUGCUCACCCGCGGCGGGGCCUUCUCUGACUUCCUCGUUCAGUUCCUGCAAGAAGGCGAAGAGACCGAGGGUGUCUCGGACGAGGACAUGCAGCUUCUCGGGGAGAUCGUCUCUCAGGUCGGAGCAUCCACUGAACUAGCCAGGCAGUACUCCCGACUGAGUGCCAACGAAAGUGACUCAACCUCGGACACUGAGCGACGUGCCCGGCGUCGCCGCACAUCAUCUACUCGUAGCGCUGCUGAGAAGUCCAUCGUCCAGAGCAAAGUAAAGCCGGAGAAGACGCCCCCUGUGGCUGCCGGAGCCAAACUGACCGAAGAGGAGAGCGCACAAGUUGGAUCGGUGAAGUGGUGGGUGUAUCUUGCGUACAUCAAGGCCAUGGGCAAGUGGCUGACGGCGCUCACCUUCGUCUCAUACGUCUUCUCUCACGCCUUCAACAUAAUGGGCAGCUACUGGCUCAGCCUGUGGAGCAACGACGCCCUCGACCCCGUGCUGGCCACCGAUCCGCAACAGCGAAACUUCCGUCUCGGCAUGUACGCCAUGUACGGCAUCGUCGAGACCAUGUUCAUCCUGGUGGGCAGCAUUUCCCUGAAUCUUGCUGCACUGCGGGGAAGCAAGAUCUUGCACGCUGGGAUGCUGGAUCGCGUGCUCUGCUCUCCUAUGUCUUUCUUCGACACCACACCCAUGGGCAGGAUCUUGAACCGGUUUUCUAAGGAUAUCGACACGGCUGAUGUGACGUUGCGCUUCAACCUACGAAUGCUCAUGAUGCAGUUCUUCAGGACAGUGGUGUCGUUCAUCCUGAUCUCCAUGGAGAAUCCUAUAUUCUUGGCGGCGGUGAUCCCACUGCUCAUUAUCUACUACUUUGUACAGAAAUUCUACAUAGCCACGUCGCGUCAGCUGAAGCGGCUGGAAUCCAUCUCUCGUUCUCCGAUCUACGUUCACUUCUCGGAGACGGUGUCCGGCAGCAGUUCUAUACGGGCAUACGGCGCCGGCGAGAGAUUCGUGGCUCGCUCCAAUGAACUCACCGACAUCAACCACAGCAGCUUCUUUCCCAGCAUUGCGGCCAGCCGGUGGCUCUCGAUCCGGCUGGAGUUUCUCGGCUACAGCAUCGUCUUUAUAGCCGCGCUGCUGGCUGUCCUCACAAGGGAGACUCUGUCGCCAGGUCUCGCCGGUCUCUCGGUCAGCUACGCGCUCACGGUGACCUCGACGCUGAACAUGCUUGUGCGGGCCACAUCGGACACGGAAACUAAUCUCGUCGCCGUCGAGAGAUGCUUUGAGUACACUCGGACACCGCAGGAGGCUCCUUGGGAGAGGCCCGACUUCAAGCCGGACGACAGGUGGCCGACUGCGGGACGUGUGGUCUACGACAACUACUCGACCCGCUACAGGAACGACCUUGAACUCGUGCUCAAGGGUAUCAGCUGCGAUAUCAAUCCGGGAGAGAAGAUAGGCAUCGUCGGGCGGACCGGUGCGGGCAAGUCUUCUCUGACGCUCUCGCUGUUCCGGCUCAUCGAGGCAGCUGGGGGCGCCAUCUGCAUUGACGGCAUGGACAUCUCCUACCUCGGCCUCUACGACCUUCGCUCCAAACUCACCAUUAUUCCGCAGGACCCCGUGCUGUUCAGUGGCACCCUUCGCUCGAACUUGGACCCCUUCGACAGCAUGAAGGACGACGAGCUGUGGCGAGCCCUGGAACACUCUCACCUCAAAGAAUACGUGGCUGGCCUUGAGAAGGGGCUUGAGCACAUCAUUACCGAAGGCGGCGAAAACAUCAGUGUCGGUCAGCGCCAGCUUGUGUGCCUGGCGCGAGCCCUCCUUCGCAAGUCUCGCAUCCUUAUCCUGGACGAGGCCACGGCUGCCGUGGACAUGGAGACGGACGACCUCAUCCAGGCCACCAUACGCCGGGAGUUCGCCGACUGCACCAUCAUCACCAUCGCGCACAGGCUCAACACUGUGCUCGACUACGACAGAAUCAUGGUGCUGGACCGUGGGCAAAUUGUGGAGUUCGAUGCACCGCGGGACCUUCUGAAGCAGGAGACAUCAGUGUUUUACCAGCUCGCCAAGGAUGCCAACCUCGUCUAGCCCUAUACCGAGCUACCUGCGUUUUAUAAUUUAUGCAGGUAGUGCUAGGCUUUAUUAACUAAUUUUAACUACCUUUUAUGAGCAUACAAGGAUUUAGGUUUAUAUCUUACGUUAAUAGCUUUUUAGUAGUGCACGCAAUAAAGAAAAUAAAGCUCACUGAAUGCCUGUUUGA